AGCCACACAGUCCAAUUGACAAACCCUAACUUUCUUCUCUUCAAAAACCCUAAUCCACAUUUUUCUGAUCAAUUUCACUUUUUCUCUCUUUUUUUCAUUCCUCAGCGAUCAAUGUCUCUCUACCAAGCUCCUGGAUUCCGAUUCCACCCUACUGAUGAAGAGAUCGUUUGUUUUUAUCUGAAGCGGAAACUCACCGGAAAGUUACCACCCUGUUUUGAUCAUCUUGCUUUCAUCGAUAUCUACAAGUUUGAACCAUGGGAUCUUCCUAAUAUGUCCAAGCUGAAAACUAAGGAUUUGGAAUGGUACUUCUUCAGUGCGCUGGACAAGAAGUAUGGCACUGGAUGCAGGACGAAUCGUGCUACUGAUCGAGGUUAUUGGAAGACUACUGGAAAGGAUCGGGUUAUCAAAAACGGGGAGGAGACAGUUGGAAUGAAGAAGACCCUUGUUUAUCACCUGGGUCGGGCCCCACAUGGUAACCGAAGCAAUUGGGUCAUGCAUGAGUAUAGGAUGAUUGAUGAAGAAUUGGCCAAAACUGGAGGGCAGGAUGCUUAUGUGCUGUGUAGGAUCUUCGAGAAGAGUGGUUCAGGGCCUAAGAAUGGGGAGAAGUAUGGGGCUCCCUUUGUAGAGGCAGAGUGGCAGAAUGUUGAUGAACCAGUCAAUCCCUUGCCACCGGUUGAUAAUCAGCUUUUGGAACAAGUGGCUGCUCCUGCUCCUGAUUACGCUGAAUUUUUGCAAUCUUUGGUGGCUUUUGAUAACGAUCUUUUGAAUGAAAGUGUGCCUACUGCUACUGAUGAUAAUUAUCUUGAAAUCCUUGACCUUGACCAGGAGCUUGAUACCAGUGUUACAGUUGGAAAUGCUGAUUUGCCACCAAACUUCUAUUAUGGGGAGUGUAGUAGCUUUCCUCAGCAUUCCCAAUCGGAAGCUGCUUUUGGUAUUUAUGAUCAUCAGGUUGGUGGUCUAUAUGGUGUGGAUUCAGUGCAAGAUGGUUACAAUGGCGAGACAAACCAUAACGAAAAUCCUCUGAACUUCGAUUUUGCCUCUGAGGAUCCAGAUCUGUAUUUUGAUGCGGCUGAAUAUCUUAGGGGUUUGAACGAAGAAUAUGUUGAAACCAAUGAUCUUAAGAAUCUUGAUGGGGUUGAUUCCACCGUGAUAGAUCCUUCUGUUUCUGAAUUGCUAGAUGAGUACCUUGAAUGCCCUGAUGAAGAAGAUAUUACCAAAUAUAUAUGCUUUGAUUCUGAAAGCCCCAUUGCUAAUCAUGUUUUUGAAGCACAGUAUAGUAAUGGAGUUUUACCUAAGGAGGAUCAAGGAGCUGCAUCAAAUUGGGUCUCAGGAGGUGAAAAUGCUUUUGUAAAGCAAGCCAAUAAAUUGUUGGCCGGCAUACCAGCUCCUCCUGCAUUUGCUUCUGAGUUUCCUUCUAAGGAGUUUGCUGUUGGGAUGCAUUCCGCAGCUGAGUUUUCCAAUUCAGCUCAUAUAACUACCGGUAUUAUUAGCAUUACAGACAUUACUUACAGUGGCAAUAUGAUGGAUUGGAUGGCCGGCAAGAAUGGAGGUUUUGACACCAUAAUGUCUAAUGAAUUUUCCCAAACUGCUGCUAUUAACUCUGCUACUGGCUUGGUCUGUAGGAAAACUGCAUGUAUGUUAUCACAUGGUUGGGUUUACUUGAUGGGUUUCUCAGUUGUGAUUCUUUCAAUGAGUUUGAAGAUUGGAAGCUUCAUGUAUAUGGGUAAAUGAGAAAUGCAAGGUUGGCUAUGAUACAAUAAUCCAGUCAGUUAAUUAUUGUUCGGUUGACAGGACUAAGAUUCCAUGACUUUUGUAGAUUUUUUUUAUGGUAAUUUAGUCAUACCGAUCAUGACAUUAUUUAUCGUAACUUACACGCCUGCAUUUCAGUUUGUUGGUUGCAAACAGAGUUCUACUUGAUACAAUUAGUUAUACAUUUCAGUAACUAUAUGCCUUUGAUAGUUUUUAGAUAAAUAUUUGCACUAUUUUACUACUACUUGUAGUUAUUGAGUUGUUGGACAAGUAUUCCCUAUUGUUUCACAAUUGUAACCCUUGACAUGUAUUGUUUCAACAAUUCAAUAUAUUAAGAAUUCAGGGA